AUGAAUCUGUCGUCUGUCAACGGCACUUUUGCCGUAGCUGGGAUUCAGCGCGACACCUUCACCACAGCUGUGACCAAGAAUGUGAUCGUGACCGUCCUCUGCAUCUCCAUUAACUACAUCAAUGGCACUCUGGUCCACACCUUCAGAAAGCACCAGAUCUUCAACUCGAGCCCUCGCUACAUUCUGUUCAUCCACCUGGUGAUAAACGACAUGAUGCAGCUGGGCCUGUCCACUCUUCUCCACAUCAUCAGCUACACCCUGUAUACGAUCAACGUGCCCUUCUGCCUCAUGCUGCUGAUCAUCACCAUCCUCACCACCCUCAACACCCCACUAAACUUGGCUGGAAUGGCCGUCGAGUGCUACAUCGCCGUCUGCCUCCCCCUCCGUCACGUCCAGAUCUGCACCGUCAAGAAAACCUACGUCCUGAUCGGUCUGAUCUGGGCCGUGAGCACGCUUUCUAUCCUGCCAGACGUCUUCAUCCUCCUGGCCACAGAGCCUCUGCACUUCUUUCACUCCAAAGUGUUGUGUGCCAGAGACAACGUGUUCAGAAGCACCUACAGCCUGAAGAAGAGGGACGCGUCACACAUCGUCUGCCUGGUCUUCGUUUGGUUCACGCUCUUUUACACUUACUUCAGGAUUCUGUUUGCUGCCAAACUGGCAACUGCAGAUUUUAAAAAAGCCAGAAACACUAUUCUCCUCCACGGUUUUCAGCUGCUGUUGUGCAUGCUCCUUUAUGUGAGACCCAUGCUCGAAGAAGGUCUAAACUUCUUAUUGCCCAAACAGAACUUGGCCAUACGCUUUGCCUGCUACGUCAUUGUCCAGAUCCUGCCACGGUUUGUCAGUCCCAUUGUCUACGGACUGCGAGACCAGACCUUCAGGACAUAUGUGAGACGGUACCUGCUUUGUAAAGUGAGCGUGAGCAACCAACUGGAAAAUAUCACCAUGCCAAACCUCGCACCUUCUAUGAAACUGAAGUGA